ACUGCCGGAAGCACCUUUCGGAAACUGCACGCAGCAGCCAGCUUCUGGUGGUGUUGGUCACGGUUUCGUGCGUAACAUGGUCACUUCCGGAUAACGCGGACUGCUGUGACUUGGUCUGCGGCUUGGUAUCUGCAGCGAAACAUCAAUCGGCGCGCGGCGGCGAGAUGAGCUUCCUUUUCGGGGGUCGCUCCUCAAAGACCUUCAAGCCAAAGAAGAACAUCCCGGAGGGCACGCAUCAGUAUGACCUGAUGAAGCAGGCGGCGGCCACGCUAGGCUCAGGCAACUUGCGGCUUGCUGUCAUGCUGCCCGAGGGGGAGGACCUCAAUGAGUGGGUGGCUGUCAACACAGUGGACUUCUUCAACCAGAUCAACAUGCUGUAUGGCACGGUGACCGAGUUCUGCACUGAAGGCAGCUGUGCAGUCAUGUCGGCAGGCCCCAAGUACGAGUACCACUGGGCCGACGGACAGACAGUCAAGAAGCCCAUCAAGUGCUCAGCCCCCAAGUACAUCGACUACCUCAUGACAUGGGUGCAGGACCAGCUCGACGACGAGGCCCUGUUCCCUUCCAAAAUAGGUGUGCCCUUCCCCAAGAAUUUCUUCUCAAUCGCCAAGACAAUCCUGAAGCGACUGUUUCGGGUCUAUGCUCACAUCUACCACCAGCACUUCUCAGAGGUGGUGCAGUUGGGUGAGGAGGCGCACCUCAACACCAGCUUCAAGCACUUCAUCUUCUUCGUCCAGGAGUUUGGGCUCAUCGAUCGGCGGGAGUUGGUGCCCUUGCAGGAGCUCAUCGAGAAGCUUACCAGCAAGGACAGGGACAGCAACCCGUCGCGCUAGGACAUAUGCCGUCUCCCUACUGCUCUUCCUAUCGGAAACACACGCCACCGCUACUUUUGCCCACCCCCGUGUUGUUAUUCUGCAUCUGCAAAGACUUUCUCUUAGGCUUGCUGCAAGCCAAUGUUCUGCCUUGUGUUGUCCUUGAACACUGCUGGAACACCCAGGUGCUUGCCUGGAAUGCUUGUCGUCGGGGAGAGGGAAAGCAAGGACCCUUGAUGGCACCUAGAUUCACUGUACCACUGUUGCCACGCUGACACUUUUCACCUUAUCUUAAUUUCCGAGCACUCUGCCCAUGAUGCAUGUUUCCGCGAGGCUAGAAGCACGCUAUGCGAUUUUUAGGAACGUUGCUUUGAGACUCUGAUUAUGUCGAACGCGGUGCCAUCAGCUGCUGGAGGUGCUGCAGGCCACCUUAGUUCAGGGAAGCCUUCAUGUUCUUUCAGCAAAUUUCCCCAUGCCACAGUCGCGGCCACAGUUGCUUUGCUUCCAUCUGCUGUGCGUUGGUCCACACUGCUCGUGCUUCUGUGCAAACGACCAGUUUCGUUGUCAUGUGCUAGCCUGUUGCACCACUUUCAACUGUGAUGCUAAAUCGUCCUUUUAUACUUGCUAGGCUGAAUCUGCAAGGGUACAGAUGCCUGUUAUACCCUGCUCAGAUGGGCAAAUUUAAGGCGAGAUGCUACUUGAAAAACUCGAGUUUUUUCAAAAAUUAUAGAUUUCUUGUUUUCACUUGUUUUGUUAAGUUUAGUAUUUCUACUGUUAUGAAAAUAAACACCAAUGCCGAGACAACUGGAAAUGGGUUAAAAUUGCGUUUAAAGAACACAGGGUGGCUGUUAAAAGCCCAAAAGUCUGCAGUAUUCUAGUGUCUCACAGCCGACAAUGUGCAGCCACUCGCGAUUGUGGAACGCAUGUGGAGUUCGGCCAAGCCUCAUCCUCCCUAUAACCAUGGUUGCCCGGCCUAUGCCUCUGUUUACAUAGGCAUAGGCCUAUGUUCUACAUUUUGUCAUGGUGCAGAACAAGAAGUAUGCAACUUGCAAAAAGACUAAUUUGAAAUCAGCAUAAAGAACUCCAUAAACAGCCCAAGUUUCGUUGCUCUAAGGUGAAUAGUUAAAAAAAUGUCUUCGAGUAGCAUCUCCCCUUAAUGACUCUUUGAGUGAGUGCAAAUUGCCGCAGGGUGUCACUUUGUCAAUGCACUGGCAGAUGUGAAAGGAAAGUGUAAUUUGGAAUUGAUGGCAGUGUCUAUCAGUAAAUUAACUGGCAGGUUGGACCUUUGUUAUUUUAGGCACUAAUUGCAAAAUAACAUUCACGUGAUCAGUCAUGAGCAAAGAAAAGAUGACAGUGCAUUCAACACCCAAACGACGCGCUGCGCGUUUGGAAGAUUUGAAAAUGCCGAAGCAAUAGGGCCUAAAAAAGACUCCUUUCGUUGGCGGAGGAAGAAUGGCUCUUUCCAAAAGCAGCAACGUUUAGGUCAUUUGAAAUCGCAAAAAGGUGGUUUCAGAAACAGAGCCGACCCUGCAUUGUUUCAUUUUUGAAACACUGCUAUGGAGGCUUCACACAUGAACACAGCUAAGCAAGUUCAAUAAACAUACUAACCUCAGAGUGAUUUCUUCAGCGAGCAUCACUAAACCUUUCCACGUGACAGCCUUCAAGUGACGCUAACAACAUAGUGCACUCCCUCAAAGGGACACUUACCCCCGUAUUCUGAAACACUCCUUGACUCGAAGCUCUUCUUCCACUCCACCAAUACGGUGGCUAGAAGGGGGAGGUGGGAGCAACGCAGCUGUCGGAGAGCGCGGCGCAUGUUGCAGUGAUUCAUGAUGCCGAGUGGUGGCGUGCGCGUCGACACUAAGAUGCCUCCGCUGUAGUUUGGCUGCUGCCGGAGCUAGCGAGUGCGCUCGGUUUGCAUGGUUCUGUUCGGUUCUUUUAGCUCCACGGCUCAUUUCUGUUUGCAUUCACGCUGUGCAGUUGUACCUCCUUGCGGUGACAAUAGUUUUACACGUUGCCAUGCCGUAAGAAGCCAUGGCAAGUCGCAUGAAACGACAGACGCACUGUUUUGCGCCGUGCUGCACAACAGGCUAUAUUUCUGCUAGAAAAGCAGAAGAAAAAAAAACAUCCCUUUUCUCAGUGCCUGACGACGAUGAGGCACUUAAAGCGUGGCAGCGGCCCGGGCCCCAUGCUUAUAAGGCCUUAAACAAGACUUGGAAGAUCUUCGAGCUGCACUUCGAACCCCAGUUGAAUCAUCUACAGGGUGUCCCAACUCUCAUGAAACAAGAUUUAAAAAUAUCCUAAUGCCCCGUAGCCGGACAGAACCAAGGCAAUGUUGUUUGCCGUCGCUUGUAGAUACUCCGAUUAUUUUUUGCACUCUGCCUAAUUACAUAAUUAGUCUUAAUUAAUCAUCUUCUCGAAUAUUACACUUAGAUGGAAAGUGUCAAUGUGAAAAUUGUAGAACAACUUAAUAAACUACCGAUACAAUUUUCUUUUGCUCAAUACGUGCUACAUAAGUGUUUUUCCGAGCGUGAGAGAAGCCAGCGAAUACACGUUAAGUGCCUCGAGCUCGCGCAGCAAUUUUGCGUGUAUUCGCGGGCUUCUUUCAUGCUUGGAAAAAUACUUUUAUGUAGCACGUAUUGAGCUACAGAAAGCUGUAUCGGUAGUUUUUCAAGUUGCUCUACAAUUUUCACAUUGACACUUUUCAUCUAAUUAUAAUAUUUGAGAAGUUGAUUAAUUAAUGAAGACUAAUUAUGUUAUUAGGCGGAAUGCAAAAAUAAUCUGAGUAUCUACAAGCGACGGCAAACAACAUUGCCUUGGUUCUGUACAGCUACGGGGCAUUUGCAUAUUUUUAAAUCUUGUUGCAUCAUAGUUGGGACACCCUGUAUAAUGGAUCAUAUAAUCAAGUGCUCUAUGUCGUUCUUUUGAGUAUUCUUCAUGUCCCCGCCGUUCUAAUUCAUCAGCGACUAAAAUAAGUUUAUUUACUUAACUCCUAUGUGGAAUGAUUUCUAAAGCAUCAUAUAUUGGUAUUAACCAAUUUGACGAGCAGGAUGUAGUGCGUCGCAGUAAUAUGGCCUAAGGAGCUCUUCACUGCGAGCCUAGAAAUCGGUGCAGCUUUUUUUACCCACACCACUUGCAUAAUCUUCUUCGCAUUAGCUGAAAUCAUUCUUUUUUUCACUCCCGACGAUUCGGAAAAGCACGUAGAACGCGUGCGACCGAGACGAGCGAAAAAUACUUGUGCCGGCUGUGACGUGCCCGAAUCUAAUGCAUUUUAACACUUAACCGCUCAUCAGAGGAUAGCGGCUAUUCAUUUAUUGUCUCCUCUACUAACAAGGCACAAUAUGCAUUAGCUUAACGCUAGUCAUGUCAAAUAUGCGACCGCUAAUUACGAACAGAAACGCCCGCUUCAAAACCCGCGGCACCAAUCGCAGUGCUUCCGCGCCCGGGGAGCAAUCUUGCUGUCAACUGCAGCACCGCCACUGCUGUCAUGAUUGCUUGCAACACUCCGCCGCCGCCGUAGCUCUCACCUCCCCCUUCUAGACACCGUACCACCAAGUUGAGCACCGCGCCGCCCCUCGGCUGAAAAACAUGCUACGCUUCUUGAUAAUUGUGUUGGAGUGCCAAUGAAGCGCAAUGACAACUUUUGUUGUGAGUUGGCGCUGCCAUCAGCCAUCAACAGGCUAGGUGACGAUUUGUCCCCGAUCCAUAACUCCUCCUCGUCAUCAUCAUUGAGUCAAGGUGGAGUUUUGAGUGCAGGGACGUUUUAGAAUACAAGAAUACAGGGGUAAAUGUGCCUGUAUGACAGGGGUAUAACACUGGGCUGCACACACUGACUCAAGGUUUUCUCCAACAUGGCAUUGCCACUUCAAAAACUAUCUUAAAUACAGCCACCUGCCCAAAGGUUUUUUGUUUGAUUUACUAUGGAUGACCUUAUCUUAACUCACAGAAAGCAUAACCAGUCAUGCUGACAGCAAUCAAGGACUGCAGCACACAGUCCUCAUCUGUGAUGUAGUUGACUGGCCUUGAUCUUGCACUGUUUUGCCUAAAUGAUUUGUUUCAGAGCAGAAUUUCUAAUGGGAUAGCCUUUGUGCAUUGUGUAGUUGGCACGUUUGAACCUGUGACUACUAAGUACUUCUUCAUUGGUUUCUACUCGUGGUACUUGCAAGCAUUUCAUUCUAUGCACCCUCUGCUCCCUACUGAUGUUUAUGGCAGUCUCAUUGAGAAUAAAGCCCCUCCAUCAGCUCACCUGCAGUGUGGAGGGGCUUUAAUUCAGAAUAUGCUCAUGGAGUUUCCUGUGGAUUGUUGCCAUUAUGAUUGAUCAUACAGGAAGGUCUGCUCAAUGAUGGAACUGAAUGAAACUUGUGCUUAGUGAAUUGUGUUCCCUGCUGCACGAAUAGCAGUUUAAAAAUGUUUAAUUUUU